GCUUGCGCCCUGCGGGGCGGGGCGGGGCCGGGCCGCCAUGGCGGUGCACUACUGCGGGCUCUGCCGCCGCACCUCCUUUUCCGGCCGCCGGCACCUGUACAGCGCCGCGCACCGGCGGCGGCUGCGGGAGGCGCUGGCCCGGCUGCAGGAGGAGGUGGCGGCGGCACGGGCGGCGGCGGCGGCUGCGGAGGAGGAGGACGACGACGAGGAGGGCGGUGGCGGCGGGGCCGUGCGGCCCUACGACCCGGCGGAGCACGAUCGGCGCGUCUGGUGCCUGUGCUGCGGGCGCGGCGUGCGGCGGGACGGGCGGCGGGGCGGGCUGGCGCUGCCGCAGGCCGGCCUGCUCCAGCACCUGGCCGGGGCCGAGCACCGCCGGGAGACGACGCGGUUCUGGCGGGAGAACAGGGCGGAGGCGGCGCUGCGGGAGCGGUUCCUGGUGCCGGCCGAGGAGUACGAGCGCUUCGCCCGGGCGCUAGAACGGGCGCUGGCCGCGCACCAGCGGCGGGAGGAGGACCGCAUCCGCCAGAUGGCGGCCGGCAUCCGCGAAGCCGAGCGCAGGCAGCGGGAGACGGUGCAGGCUGCCCUCCAGCUUCAAACAGAGCCAGAGCUUUGCGUGGGACCUUCGGUCUGCAGCCCCCCAGCAGGACCCGGAAGGGACUUCUCUCAUGGUGCAGAGCAGCCUGGCCCGAGUGGGAUGCAAAUGGGACCUGACUUAAACUGGAUGGAAUCAGGCCAGGCUUUGACCUUCAUCGGCCACCAGGAAACAGAAGGGAAAGGAAAUGUUCACACAGGAGCAAAACCCCCAUGGCUAACAGAGGAAGAGGAAGAGGGUGGAAGUAAACAACAAAUUGGACCUUCGUACGAGGAAUUUCUCAAACAAAAGGAGAAGCAGAAGCUGAGAAAGCUCCCAGCAGAGCGUGUUGGUGCCAAUUUUGACCAUACCUCUCAGACGGGCGACAGCUGGCUCCCUUCCUUCGGGCGGGUUUGGAAUCACGGCAGGAGGUGGCAGUCCAGGCAUCAGUUUAGGACUGAAUCGGGGGAAAAGAAGAGGAAAAGAUGAUCAGGAGCACUGAGGAAACCAAACUCCAACCAUUGCAAAAAGGUGGACUGUAGGUAGCUGCAGCUUUGUCAGUGCUGCUGCUGCCGCCAAGUUUAGCGCUCUUAUUUAAUACAUACAUCUAGAUGUGUUCAGUCCCCUGGAAGGCAGGGUGACCACAGCAUAGUACCGAGUUGAGCACCGUUACUGAAAGCUGCUCUGCCAGGGGCUGUUGCAGCAGGUCCAGUCCCCCUGUGACAGACACGCAGUGUAAAUCCAGGCAUCGAUUUCUGAAGUCUUAAGCUACACAAAGUCAGAUCUUGCCC